GCGAGGGCUGCAGUUUCAGUUUGUUUAAUUCACCAUUUUGAGUAGCUGAAGGUAAAAUUUAAACUAAAUACCUUCGUAGGACGGGGAUAUUUCCCGCAUUGUUUAGUUUUCUCCACAAGGAAAGGGCGUUGGUUGUUCGACGUCACCUUUAGGCCCUCUUGGCUUUUAAAAGAUCACGUUUUGUUAGCGUUUUCCUUGCUUUUCUUUUGCUCUUCACAAUUUUAACCUCUACAGUAUUCCUGCAAAAUGGCAAGACCAGUGAGGAACAGAAAGGUGGUGAAUUACUCUCAGUUUAAUGAAUCUGACGAUGCAGAUGAGGAUUAUGUGAAAGCUGCUGACACGGUUAAGAAGGUACGCGCUCCUCCUCGUGAAAUCAAGCACAAGAAGACCAAGAACUCACAGGAGGACAGUGAGGAUUCAGAUGACAAACUCUCCAAAUCCAAAAAUGAUUCAGCAGAUGACUUCGGUAGCGAUGAAGACAACGACUUUGGAGAGGAGGAGGAGAAGGAAGACGGAGGAAGUGACUAUGAUGAUAAAAAGGCCAAAAAGGGAAAGAAACCCAAGGUUGAGAAGCCUGGCAAAAAAACACUGAAGAGGAAACGAGGUGGAGAUGAUAGUGAUGAUGACAAAGAGGUGAGCAGGAAGCCGAGGCAGGUGAGACAGGCCGCAUCAAAGGCCGUGUCCAAACAGAGAGAGAUUCUCCUAGGGGACGGAGGCAGCGAGGAUGGAAAAGAUGAGGAGGAACAGGCCUUUGUUGACCAAGAGUCAGGCAGCGAUGAAGACUUCAUGGUUGAUGACGAUGAUGACAGCGACUACGGCCAGUCCAAAAAGAAAGGCAAGAAGGUAGUGCCGAAAGGAGGAAGAAGAGUGGAGAAGAAGGAGAAGAAAUCUCCUAAACCCCGGCUAAAGGCCACAGUGAACCCCAGCCCCAUGAAGGGCAAAGGAAAAGGACGCCCCAGCGCAGCCAAAGCGCUGGAGAAAUCAUCACCAAAAGACGACGACGAACCCGAGAGCCCCAUCGAAGACGAAGAGGAAGAUGAGGUGGAGAAGAAAGAAUCUCCUCCCUCCAAAAAGACAAAGGAAGACGCCCCUGAUGAUGAGGACGAAGACGACGAAGAGGACGGCUCAGAAGAAGACGCUGCAUCCGGGGAAGAUUAGCCAUGUUAUCCACAACUUUGCCCUUUUCUCUUUCCCUUUACUCUCUUUUUGUUCCUUUUUGGCUUUUCUGGUUGAUUUGAUUUUUGUUUUUCCCCCUCCGUGUCGGUUAUGGCCUGGCUCAACGGUUUGAACGGUUUUUUUUUUUUUCUUUCUUAGCCUUUCAUUUCAGUAUCACAGAGGACAUUUUCCUGGAAGUGAGCAUAUAUAUAUUAUUGCGUAAAAUGAGUCUGUUUAUUUAUAGGUAUAUAAACUCGAGGAAAACCCGUUUUUCUGAACAUGACAGUAUUCUCCAACAACGUCGUCAGCUUUACGCGAAAUCUCAUGCGUUUGUUCUCAUAGCAUGUAUAAAGCUUGGCUUCACUUCCGCUCUCCGUCGGCUGGCGUCGGUUAUGAAACAAAAGCAGAAGAAAACUUUGUGGAAAUGGUUUGUAGAGCCUUUGGGCCUUGUUUAUGUUAGUGAAGUCGUCGAUUGUUCAUGGAAACAUUGCUAAUGUGAUUUGCCGCAGCAAACUUGUGACAAAUCACUUUACAGUGGCUUUUAGUGAUGAAACACAAGAAACAUGAAUUUCUGUAUAAAUCAUUUGUAAUUCUCUACUGGUUUAAUGAAUGACACACACCGUCAUUUGUUCUAGUUCGGUUUCGUGGGUGCGAUCCAGUAUCUUUUUUUUUUUUAAAUACAAAUUGAAUGGUUUUCUAAGUAAUUUACACAACUCUUCUUUCUGGUUUAGCGAGUUUGCCGCAGGUGACUACGAACAAUUUACACGAGAAAUCAUGUCCUGCGAAUGAUGUCCGUGGAGUUUCUCCAGAAAGCUGGUUGUCAUGACGUUUCUCGAUCCGUGAUAUUUCAUGGCAUUUGUUCUGUUGUUAGUGGCCAGGGUUUUCUCUUGUCCCUGGAUUUCGAGUUUUGUAUUUAUUCCAAGUGCGCUACAAGCUUCUUUUCAUGUUGUUAGUAAGAUGAAGAAAUGCAGAUGUUCUUGUGAGACCUGACGUUCAUGUUUCGAGAGCGGCUUCAUCCAGGGUCGCUAUUACAUUUUCGUUGUCGUACCUUUUAAAUAAACGCUCGAUUUGUGUAGUUUAAGCUGUGCCGGUUGCCGUUCGAAAGGAAUAUUCCAGAUCAAGAACUAGUUGAGCUCUAUUGACGCAUCUCUAGCAUGCGGUCACAACAAAAUAAGUAUUUACGAUUAACUCCAUGCGUUCUCUCUCGUUUUUAGACAUCAAGGUAGAGUUUUAGGAAUGGCACACGCUCUGUCCGUAGAGCUCAACGUGUGUUGUAUGCUAGAAUAGUCUUUUCUCAAAUCGUUCAAUUUGCUCUGACCUCUUAUUAUGGGUUUGUUUUCUUCGUCCUCCGUAUCAUCUCGUGUAAAGACUGCAUCAACCUUUCAUCUGUCAAACUGAGACGUGCAGUGCAAGGGUGCUGAGAUCGGGCCUUAACACGGUCUACUGUACGAAAAUGUGAAGGUCUCACGCACAGUCGCUGCCUUACAAAGUCUGUAUCUACUAUAGUACCGCAAAGCCGAACCAGCACUAGCUUUGAUGCGUACCCGUUUCGUCUAGAGAUUGUAUUGCCGGCGGUCUUCGGAAGUCAAAUAUUGGUAUUCUUUGUGCCCUGGAUCAGAUGUAGUGAUCUCAUGACAGAGAGAGGAAUAUUUGCACAGUGAUGAAGAGGAAGAAUCGUUCAUUCGUAGGUUACGUGUGUUUGCUCGAAGUAUAUUUGUGUUGCUGCUUGUUUUGAGUUCCAGACACGUGUGAUGUAAAUCCCAUGAUGCAUUUCAAGGGACUUUCUGUCUACCAAGCAUAUGGCAUUCUGACAUUGUUCGAUCCUUUCUGCCAGGCAUCUCUGAAUAUUUUAAACUUGUGCUGUUUCAAUUCGGUUUUUAACCUCUAGCUGUCCAAAAAUGUAUGAAUGUUUUCCGUGUGCUUUUACAUUUUUUUUUUGUCCGUUUCAUUUUUCCUCCAGAUUUUUUGUAAUGUUUGUUUUUUUAAGAAAAGAAAUAAAAUGUAUCUUCAUUUUAAUGACAAACCA